GCCUGCGCGGCGCCCUAGCGCGGCGGGGCGUACGCUCCCCACCCGGCGUCGCGGGGGGCGGCAACGCGGCCAUGGCCAAGGAGCGGCGGAAGGCCGUGCUGGAGCUGCUGCAGCGGCCAGCGAACGCGCGCUGCGCGGACUGCGGCGCCCCGGAUCCUGACUGGGCCUCAUACACCCUAGGGGUGUUCAUCUGUCUGAGCUGCUCUGGAAUUCACCGGAACAUCCCUCAGGUCAGCAAGGUGAAGUCCGUCCGCCUGGACGCCUGGGAGGAUGCCCAAGUGGAGUUCAUGACCUCCCGCGGAAACCAUGUCGCCAGAGCCACAUUCGAGUCCAAAGUGCCCCCCUUCUACUACCGGCCCUCAGCCUCCGACUGCCAGCUCCUGCGGGAACAGUGGAUCCGGGCCAAGUACGAACGGCAGGAGUUCGCCCACCCCGAGCGGCAGGAGCCCUACUCUGCAGGGUACCGAGAAGGCUUUCUCUGGAAGCGCGGCCGGGACAACGGGCAGUUCUUAAGCCGGAAGUUUGUGCUGACGGAACGCGAGGGGGCCCUCAAGUAUUUCAACAGAAGUGACGCCAAGGAGCCCAAGGCCAUCAUGAAGAUCGAGCAUCUGAACGCCACCUUCCAGCCGGCCAAGAUAGGUCACCCGCACGGCCUGCAGGUCACCUACCUGAAAGACAACAGUACUCGAAACAUCUUCGUCUACCACGAGGACGGCAAGGAGAUGGUGGACUGGUUCAACGCGCUCCGUGCUGCUCGAUUCCACUACCUGCAGGUGGCCUUCCCAGGGGCCAGCGACGCAGACCUGGUGCCGAAGCUGUCCAGGAACUACCUUCAGGAAGGCUACAUGGAGAAGACGGGGCCCAAGCAGACGGAAGGCUUCCGCAAGCGCUGGUUCACUAUGGACGACCGGCGGCUCAUGUACUUCAAGGACCCCCUGGACGCCUUCGCCCGCGGGGAGGUCUUCAUCGGCAGCAGGGAGAGCGGCUACACAGUGCUGGACGGGCUCCCGCCGUCUACCCAGGGCCACCACUGGCCGCACGGCAUCACCAUCGUCACGCCAGAGCGCCGGUUCCUACUAGCCUGCGAAACGGAGUCGGAGCAGCGGGCGUGGAUGGAGGCCUUCCGGAAGGUGGUGGACAGGCCCAUGCUGCCCCAGGAUGGAAGCCCACUUCAAGCACAAACCCUAGCACGAGACGGUCCUGGAGGCCUGAGGACUCCGGACUCGCCAGACGUGGCAGGUGAGGUGGUGGCAGCGGCCGGCGGAAGGAGGGACUCGGCAGCCCCCAAUGUGGCCAGGUGGGGCCUGAGCUUGAGCCGCUAGGACCCGUUUCUCUGGAACGCCGCUGGGAGCCGGCCCGGCCCGGCCCGACCCCGCCGGGCCUCUGCCCCUGGUGUGACGCCCACGGCCCCCCACUCAUCUCCCGCCCGCCAGACCGCCUCCUCUGAGGCCCCCCAGCUGCCGCCCCCCACCUCCGCGGGACCCCACCCCUGACGAGGAGGCUGGGCUGCGGGGACAGAGGGCCCGCCUGCAUGCCCCCACCCCGCCGUGUCCCCUCACUCCCCCCAACCUCCAACAAGUAUUUAUUAACAUCCGCUGUCAGCUGUGGGGUCCCGGGGGCUGGAGUGGCAGACAGGGCCCUGGCUCCCUCAGCAAGCCGACCUGCGUGUCCGCGGGGGUCCCGGGAGCCAGAGGCCCUGACGGCUGGAGCCCCCUGGGCCUGGGCCACAGGGCUGGCUGCACCCACCCCCGCCCCCAGCCUGGGUCCUUCCCACACCGGCUCCAGACUCAGCGCCGACACGACCUGCCCUCCGCCUGCCCUCACGGUCUGCGAACCCUUUGGAGGAUGGAGGCCCGGGCCAGGUUGCUGCCCGGACCCCAGCGUGCCACUCGCGGUGGUUACCACCACCGUGCCUCUCCCCGGGUGCCCUGGGGGGAUGGGUGACAUCUGUGAGAACAUACCUGGGGGAGGAGGUGAGGGAGGGAAGGAACCCUGUGUGGUGGUGAACUUGGGGGCAGGACGUGCAUGGGGGUCCCGUCUCCCCAGGAAAUCAGUGUGUAGUUGAGGGUGUCACCUGCUGGGUUAUCUGGGUGGCGUCCUGUGUGGCUGAGACGUGCUCCCAGGGGAGCUCUGGUCCAGCUGUUGGGACCAGGAGAGGGGCCCUGAGCCAGGGUGUCCCCCCCCAUGUCACAUCUUGGAAUAAAGUGGGGGCUCUGGCCCCCAGGAGGACCUGCCAGCCAGGAGAGGGGCACCCAAGGGCCUUGGCCUGGCUGUGGGCGACACCCAGGGGAUGAGGGAAGGCACCUUUCCUCCGAGCCCCCAUCGUCUCCCCUCUCAUCUGAGCGAGCGCCCACAGCUCAGACCCAUCGUGCACCUGGAUUCUGAGCAGGGACUGCAGGGUAAAAGGGGGAGCACAAGCCCCCCCCUCCCCUGGCAGUGGGGGCCCAGCUAAGGCUGCCGGGUCAGGGGCCCCCAGGAUGGCUGGGCCGAGGGUGAGAACAGCUACGGGCUCACCCAGGGCCGCGGCCCCUUUCUCCCCUAAACCCCUCCUGCCCCACGCGGUGCCGCAGGGUCCCCCUUUCCCUGAGAACCCAGGUCCACUGUCUUCCAGACGAGGCAGAAGAGCAGCCCCGGGUCAGGAGCGAGAGCCCGGGCUCCCCUAGGCCUUCCUGACCAUGCAGGGCCACCCAGCCACGUGCCCUCAUGGACUCGGCCUCGGGCCCUGGGAGCUCAGGUGCCCACUCAGCACCAGUGUGAGGUCUGUGCACUUGGGUCUGAGCGUGUGCACACCCACAUGCUCUACCCAGAAAACUCCAGAGAAACGACAAAACACCCUGAACAGCUGCAUGACCGGUGGGAAGAAUUUCUCAGAUAAGGCAGGACCCGUAUGGUCCACACCAGGCCCGAGGCUGGCGCAGGCUUGGGCAGCCCCUGCACAGAAGUGGGGGAGUCGCAGACAAAGGUGGCCCACCUGCGACAAGAGCACGACGUGUCCCACUCAGCGCUGAGACCACAGGGCGCCCCCAGCCCCACAGGCUGCUUGAGGAGCCUGUGAGGCCUCACCUGUCCACAGAUGGGGUUUCUGCAGAUUGAAAUAAAACACUGUAUAUUUACAUCUAAAAUCACACCACUCUCAACACUGGCUACUUGCUGCCGCCCACCAAGGACACACUGCGGACGGAACUGGAAAACACCGGUCACGGUGCCCAUGCCCCUCACGGGGGGCGCCCAGGCCACGACCAGCCCCAGGGGCUCAGAAAGGACGAGUGCUGCCAAGCCCAGUAGAAAGGGUUUAUUUAAACUCAACACGAACAGCAACCUUCCUUUGAAUUCCAUUUUUACAGUAAAUAAAAGUGUGUAUUCCGUUCCUUCCCAUGCAUGAUCACUGGGUAUUACUCUACAACUCUUAUAAUUGUGAAAAAAUAAAAGUGUUUCCCAUUUUGUAACUAUCCUGGGGCAUCUGCCACACAUCAGUGAGGAGGGACAGACCUGCUCGUUCCGGGGCCGAUCAUUCGGUUACAACCUAGACAUCAGGUCACAGGAGUCGGUCACCCGGAGACAAUGAACACUGCCCCGCGGUGGUGGACGGUCCUGCAGCCUCCCAGACGAGACACCAUUCCGAACAGCUGGCCGCUCGGCUGCAGCUCCUGGGGUGUGGCAUGGAGCAGCCGCCCAGGCACUCCCCAGGACACGUGCCAGGCCACCCCCGCCCCGCCUGAGGGGCACGGCACCCCCGCUGCGUGCGACAGGGCCCUCCCCAAGCAAACCAGACACAAGGGCCGGGAGAGGAGGCGCGGCAGGGCCUGUGCUUUUUAUUGGGGUCAUCUCAAGGUACACGGCGGCCUGGCCAGCACGGCCCCGGCAGCCCCACAACACCCAACGUGCGGCCCCUCGGCCUCGGCCGGAGCCCGAGGUCUGGACCUGCGUCGGGAGCCGCACCCGCCGCGGUCCAGGCUGAGUCCUGCAGGUCCGCGGGCGUCAGUCGAGCUCAAUGGGGCUGCUGUCGUCCUGACUGUCCUCGCCCUCCUGCUCUGAGGAGCCCAUUAGGCUGCUCAGAAGGUUCCCUGGAAGGAGGUGCACGGCGCUGUCAUGGCCACGGCCGCACCUCACCCGCUGCCCGACCCCCCGGACGCCCCCUCCUCCCAUGGCGCCGUGACCCGGGCCUGGCAAGACUAUAGCGGCUCAACCCCGGAGCCCCAUCCGGGGGGGUCUCUCCACAGAAAUGUGUCUGCUGCGCCAGAGAUGCAGGGAUCCUGCUGGGGCCGCAAGGGGAGAAGACCCAGGUGCCCAUCGAGGGGACACUGCACAGCCGCCAGGAUGGGCCCGGGAGGAUCACGGGUGGCCGAGCAGCAGGUAACUCACUCCCACGUUAAACUCUCAAGUGACACAGAAGUCAGUCAGAUAUUACAGUUCCGAAGGCUACACGUAACAACGUUGACUGCUGUGGGUCUUGUCAAGAUGGACACUUUUCCUUUUUACCUAAUUUUUAUCCAAAGAACUAUCAUGUCAACAGAAAAGCAAAGUUUAAGAAGUGCCCUAAACCAACUCGCAAAGGGGAACAACAAACAAAGGGCAAGCAGUGCCCUCAGGGUAAAACCCUCCUCGAGCUGCAGUGAACUUGGCCCAGUCACCGCACCUGGCGCCGCUGCGGUUGGAAGUUCUGUGGGGAAACGCAGAGAGUCAGACGGGAACGCAGUGCGUAGCUGACAGUCACAGCAGCCCGAGACUGAACAUGCUAAAAUGUCACCAUGACUGAGGACGGACAGACGCUGCAGAAGCCCGAGGUGUGGGCAGGACAGGACACAGCCACCGAGACAAGUGGCCGCCGUGACAUGAGAGCCUGGAGAAGGAAAGUGGCCCCCCACACCUUCCACUAAAACUCCAGACAGACCCAGUUUACAGGUAAGAAGUCCAACUUGUAUUUAAGGGGAAACAGCGUUUAAACUAAUCUGGGAGGCAGGAAGGCCUUUCCACGGAGCCCAGUUUGACGAUGGCCAUGAGAACGACCACCGCUCAUUCCACCCUCCCCCAAGGAGAGCCCCAUGAGCAGGGCCAAGAGCAACAGCACGUCAGAGCAGCGUGACCAAGCGCCGAGGGGCCAGCCCCACUGGUCCUGCCGCUGCAGGCCGUCUGCAGGUCUGCAAAGUGCCCCCUGGAAGGAAGCUAAGGAAACCUAGCACUGCCUGGCCUGCAAGUCACCAUGGGACAGUGGCAGGGCUGGGUAUGAGCCUGCACGUCUGGACUCUGUGAGACAAGCUGUACCUAUUCAAAAAUAAAACUUAAAACAUUAAGGAUGGCAAAACCCACUUCUAAGUGCAGGACUACACUGGUCCCCACCCUGCUGGAGGGCAGGAGUCCGAUUAGGACUCAAGUGGUCUCGGAGCCCCGAGGCUGCGUCAGAAGAACGGGCAGGACACGGAGAGGUGGCCUGGCCUUGAGAGGCAGGGUCAGCCAUCUGGCCACCAGCACCUACCAAGACUGAAGCACAAAGAAAUACAUACUCUGAAGAGACUCUAAUGAGUAAGGGGACUGUGUAAUCUCUCCCAACAAAGAAAAACCUUGAACCUCACGGCUUCACUGCGGAAGCUCCUGAAUUAGUACCACCCAUCCUUCCAAUACCAAACCCAGAAAAGACACUAUGAGGAAAAACAACUACAGCGCAAUAUCCCUUAUGAACACUGAUGCAAAAAUCCUCAACAAAAUACUAGCAAACCGAAUUCAGCAGCACAGUGAGAGAAUCAGACACCAUGACCAAGUGGGAUCUGUUCCUGGAAUGCGAAGAUGGCUCAGCAUGUGAAAAUCAAUCAACAUGUUACACCACAACAGAGUGAAGGAAAAAAAAACCAAUGAUCACCUCAAAUGAUGCACAAAAAGCAUUUGACAAAUUCAACACUCUUUCAUAAAAACACUCACCAAGAAAGAACAUAAGGAAACCAUCUCAUAUUAUGAUGUAAUAAAAGGCAUAUACAACAACCCACAGCAGACAUCACACUCAGCAGUGACAGAUUCCAAGCUCUUCCUCUGAGAUCAGGAACAAGGCAAGGAUGCUGCCCCCACCACUUGUGUUCAACAUGGUACAGGUGACCCCUGAACAACACGGGUUUGCACUGUACGGGCCCACUUACCGUGCAUUUUUUCUAUAUACAUACUAAAGUACUACCUAGUCCGCAGUUGGUUGAAUCCGCAGAUAUGAUGGGCCAACUGUAAGUUAAUAUGCCAAUUUUCAACCGUGCAGGGAAUCAGCACCCCCCCUAAGCUCCAUGUUGUUCAAGGGUCAACUGAACCUGAAGUUCUAGCCAGAGCAAUUAGGCAAGAAAAAGAAAGAAAAGAAUUCCAAGUUGAAAAAAGGUAGUAAAAUUAUCCGCUUGCAAGUGGUAUGAUUUUACUUGUAAAAAUUUCUGAAAAGUCUACAAAAUAACUUAGUUACAGAAACAAUUCCAUUUACAAUAGCAUCAAAAAGAAUAAAAGACUUAGUAAUUAGCUUAACCAAAGAGGUGAAAAAUUGUACGAUCAAAAAACUUUAAAAAAUUCCUGAAAGAAAUUAAAGACAUAAAUGAAUGCAAACAUCCCAUAUUCCUAGACUAAAAGACUUAAUAUUGUUAAAAUGUCAUACUACCCAAAGCAAUGUACAGAUUGAAUGAAAUCUCAAAUCCCCCAAAUAUUUUUUUGCAGAAAUAGAAAAACCCAUCCUAAAAUUCAUAUGGAAUCUCAGGGGACUCAAAUAGCCAAAGCAAUCUUGAAAAAGAACAAACAAAGCUGGAAGUCUCACACUUUCUCAUUUCAAAAUUUACUACCAAGCUAUAGUCAUCAAAAGAGUGUGGUCCUGGCAUAGAGACAGAUAUCGACCAAUGGAAUACAGAGCCCAGAAAUGAACCCUCACAUAUAUGGUCAAAUGAUUUUUGACAAGGGUUCUGUGCCCACUUGAUGGGGAAAGGACAGUCUUUUCAACAACUGGUGCUGGGAAAACUGGAAAUCCACAUGCCAAAGAAUGAAGCUGGACCCUUCUAUAAGUAAAACACCACAUAAAAAAAACACCUCAAAAUGGAUCAAGGACCUAAAUGGAAGACCUAAAAUAAUAACACUCUUAGAAGAAACCACAGGGCAAAAGUUCUGUCACACUGGAUUUGGAAAUGACACCAAAGGCAGAAGCAACAAAAGGAAAAUAGACCAAUUAGACUUCAUGGACAGUAAAAUAGUUUGUGCGUCAAAAGACACUCCAGGGAGUAAAAAGGCAACAAGGGAGGGGAGGAGGAACAGGUGGAACACACAGAAUUUUUUAGGGCCCACAACGACUCCGCACAAUACUGUAACGGCGGAUACACGUCAUCACACAUUUGUCCAAACCCACAGAACGUAAACACCAAAAACGAACCCUAAUUUAUGUAUCGAUAUGUUGGACUUUGGGUGAUAAUGACAUGUCAGUGCAGGUUCACCCAUAAUAAAGGUACCAUCUACUGGGGGAUGCUGAUAAUGGGGAGGCCGCACCUGGGGCGGGGAAGGGGUAUUUAUGCGAAAUCUCUGUACCGUCCUCUUAACUUUGCUGUGAAUCUAUAACUGCUUUAAAAAAAUAAAGU